GGACGAGGCCGAGAGAAAGGAAAAGUAAACCCCGGAAGAUUCGCCUCUAGUCCAACCACGUUGGAAAAUGGACGAUCUUUACGAUGAGUUUGGCAACUAUAUUGGAGAGGUAGAUGGGUCGGACGAGGAGUCCCCGCGUCAUGAGGAUGCCCAUCCUCAGGCUUUCGCUUUUGAAGAGGCGUUCGGGGAUGGUGAUGACGAUGAAGCGCAUGACGUUGAUGAGCAACAGUUAAUGGAUGUCGAUGAGGGCCCGUCAAACGCGGUCAUCCUUCACGAAGAUAAACAAUACUAUCCCAGUGCACAACAGGUAUAUGGCGAAGAUGUCGAGACUCUGGUGCAGGAGGAGGAUGCACAGCCUCUGUCCGAGCCCAUCAUCGCCCCGGUCCAACAAAAGAAGUUUGCGAUCGAAGAAGCCGAAUUGCCUCCCGUCUAUUAUUCACGGGAAUUCAUGACGGAUUUGCUCAGCUACCCGGACCAGACAAGAAACAUCGCUCUGGUCGGUCAUUUGCACCAUGGAAAAACGGCUUUCAUGGACAUGCUAGUCACUCAGACCCAUGAUCUCACCGGUCGCCUCGAGAAUCGAACAGGCAAGCGGAAAGAGGAACAACUACGCUACACCGACGUUCACUUUCUGGAAAGAGAAAGAGGUCUUUCCAUCAAAGCGUCACCCAUGAGCUUGGUGCUUCAGGGCACAAAGGGCAAAUCUCACUUGUUUAAUAUCAUUGACACCCCAGGGCAUGUGAACUUUGUGGACGAGGUGGCUACGGCUUGUCGGUUGGUCGAUGGCGUGGUUCUUGUAGUAGAUGUGGUCGAAGGUGUCCAGGCCAACACCGAGCAAAUAAUCAAGCAUGCUAUCCUUGAAGACUUGCCGCUCACAUUGGUUGUGAACAAGAUGGACAGACUAAUCCUGGAAUUAAAGAUUCCUCCCAACGACGCUUAUUUCAAGCUGAAACAUGUGAUCGAGGAGGUCAACACUAUCAUCGAGAACGUACUGCCUGGACAGGGCGCUGCAAGGCGGCUGAGCCCCGAGAAGGGAAACGUCGCCUUUGCUUGCGCCUCCAUGGGCUGGUGCUUCACGUUGCAUUCAUUUGCUAAGAUGUAUUCUGAGACGCAUCCACAAAUUGAAGCAGCCGCAUUCUGUUUGCGCCUAUGGGGCGAUAUAUUUUUCAAUCCAAAGAGUCGAAAAUUCACACGAAAAGGAGUGGAAGAAGGUUCUAAAAGAACGUUUGUUCAAUUUGUUCUCGAGCCUAUAUACAAACUUUACUCGCACACAUUAAGCGAGAGCCCGGAGGACUUAAAGGAAACGCUUUCUAGCGUUGGUAUUAGUCUUAAGCCGUCACAGCUCAAGACAGAUGCAAAGACUUUGCUGAACCUUGUCUGUGAACAGUUCUUCGGGUCAGCAACAGGCUUUGUGGACAUGGUUCUCCAGCAUGUGCCUUCGCCUGCAGAGGGUGCCCAAAAGAAGCUUGAUCGGUACUACACUGGGCCUCUCGAUUCUAAGGUGGCGGCAGCUAUGGCUGCCUGUGAUUCCGAUGGUCCACUGGUCGUACAUGUUACUAAACUUUUUAACAGUUCGGACGGUUCAAAAUUCCACUCCUUUGGCAGGAUAAUGAGCGGCACAGCUCGUCCUGGCCAACAGGUCCGUGUCCUUGGCGAAGGUUAUACCCCCGAAGAUGAAGAAGACAUGGUUGUUGCGACCAUUUCCGACACAUGGAUUGCUGAGUCUUGCUAUAACAUCCCAACAAGCGGCGUACCUGCCGGCAACUUGGUUCUUCUAGGAGGUGUGGAUAACUCUAUUGUGAAGACGGCGACUAUCGUGCCUCUCACCUUGGAAGACGAUGAGGAUGCAUACAUCUUCCGAUCAGUUCGGCAUAUAACAGAGUCCGUCUUCAAGGUUGCUGUCGAGCCAGUUAAUCCGUCGGAAUUGCCCAAGAUGCUUGAGGGUCUCCGAAAAGUCAACAAGAGCUACCCGCUGAUAUCCACAAAAGUAGAGGAGUCUGGCGAGCAUGUAGUUCUCGGAACGGGCGAGCUAUAUAUGGACUGCGUGCUUCAUGACCUACGAAGACUAUAUUCUGAAAUGGAGAUCAAGGUUUCAGAUCCUGUUACACGCUUCUGCGAGACUGUUGUGGAGACCUCGGCUAUCAUGUGUUAUUCCAUCACGCCAAACAAGAAGAACAAAAUCACGAUGAUUGCAGAGCCUCUGGAUGACGGGAUCGCCGAGGAUAUCGAGAGCGGUGCUGUCAAUAUCAAAGACCCGAUUCGCAAAGUGUCGCGCUUUUUCGAAGAGCGGUACGACUGGGACAAACUUGCAGCCAGGAGUAUCUGGGCUUUCGGUCCAGACGAGAUGGGCCCCAACAUCUUACAGGAUGAUACGCUACCAUCGCAGAUCGACAAGAAGUUGCUUGGGAGCGUAAGAGAUUCUAUCACGCAAGGAUUUACUUGGGGAACACGAGAAGGUCCUCUUUGCGAAGAACCCAUUCGGAAUGCGAAAUUCAGGCUCACCGACGUUUCUCUCGCCGACCAAGCCAUUUACAGGGGUGGUGGUCAAAUCAUCCCCACAGCUCGAAGAGCGAUUUACUCAUCUUUCCUCAUGGCAUCACCACGCCUAAUGGAACCUAUUUACUCUUGCACGAUGACUGGACCGGCGGACGCUGUCGCAUCAGUGUACACAGUCCUUUCAAGAAGAAGGGGCCAUGUACUCUCCGAUGGACCCAUAGCAGGAACUCCACUCUAUUCCGUUCGUGGUUUGAUCCCCGUGAUAGAUUCAUUCGGAUUUGAAACAGAUCUCCGAAUCCAUACACAGGGCCAAGCUGCCGUUAGUCUAGUCUUCGAUAAGUGGAGCGUCGUCCCAGGGGAUCCACUGGAUCGCGAUGUCAAGUUGAAGCCCUUAGAGAUGGCGCCCGCCAUGGCCACAGCCCGCGACUUCGUUUUGAAAACGCGGAGACGUAAAGGAUUGGCUGAGGAUGUCACUGUCAGCAAGUUUUUGGAACCAGAGCUCUGGAAAGGUUUGAAGGAAAGUGGCGUUUUAGACUCCUGAGCUAUUUUUUGUCGAUAGGUGGAAAGAAGCGGCAACAAGUGCCGUAAGUGGCUCUUGUUCCUUUUUUCAUAUUGUUGUAUAACUAUCGGAAGUCAAAUCGAGUCAUCAUCGAAACGGGUAUUCUUAUGACAUAGUAGAGACGCCGACGAGGGUCAUAAACGGCGUCCGAAUAGCAGUACAAUCGGAUUAUUGGCAUGUUUCGAGCAUCUUUGCGAUGACGCCCAUUAGCGUACCAUUUUCCAGUGCAGCAGCCACCCUUUCUUUGUCGGCCAAUUGCUUAUUCACUUCAUCGGCAGUACUAUGUGUCCCUUCCUUGAUCCGGACAUCCACGCGAAAACGCGGAGGUAAUGAUUGCUCCAAUCGAACUCGUACACCAAGACCUAUAACUGUAGCCAGACUGCAAUGUGUUAUCGUCGGGGUUA